GAUAAUAAUUUAAAACAAGAAAUCAUAAAUCCUUCAUGGUCAAGGAGUUCUAUUUGAAUCAAGAGCAGAUUCUGCAUCAAAGACAUUUAGCAGCUGCUCCUUCUCAACGUUAUCGGAUCAAGCAUCCUCCAGCAGCUAUGAGUGUAGGGUCGCCCCUACCGCCAUCGCCUUCCGGUGGUGCCGGAGGCAGAUUGAGAAGCCACCAGCAAGACGCUGAAUUGCUCUUUCGCACGAAGCCUAUUGCCGAAAUUAGGAAUGUAGAGAUCGCCACGAGGAGGCAGAUCCAGGACAAGAGCGAAGAGCUCCGGCAGCUGGUCGGCAACCGCUACCGCGAUCUCAUCGAUUCCGCAGACUCGAUAGUGUUGAUGAAGGCCUCGUGUGAGUCCAUUUCCGCAAACAUCUCCGCAAUCUACCGAGGCAUUCUCCACUCGCUCUCCUCUGCUACGGCCUCCAACUCCCCAACAUCAAUUGAUCAUACAAAGGCUAGAAUUUAUGGCAUUGCCUGUCGAGUCAAAUACCUAGUGGACACGCCGGAAAACAUAUGGGGCUGCCUGGACGAAUCCAUGUUUCUUGAGUCAUCAGCUAGGUAUAUUCGGGCAAAGCUCGUUCACUAUAGCUUGACUUCCAACACAGAGAGCAAAAAUGUUCUUUCCAAUUUCCCUCUGCUCCAACACCAAUGGCAAAUGGUGGAGACUUUCAAGGCUCAGAUUUCACAGCGGAGUCGUGAUAGGUUAUUGGAUCUAACCAUUGAACUAGGCAUUGAUGCCUAUGGUGAUGCUCUAGCUGCUGUGGCUGUAAUAGACGACCUUGAUCCCAAGCAGGUUCUUACUUUAUUUCUUGAAAGGCGCAAAUUAUGUAUCUCUAAAAAGUUAGCUGGCUGUUGUUCAAAUGCAAAUGCCACCAGCUCUGAUGUGAUUUCUGUUUACUGCCAAGCUAUAAAGAUAAUUCAGGUUACUAUAGGACAAGUUGGGGAGCUGUUCUUGCAAGUGUUGAAUGAUUUACCUUUAUUUUAUAAAAUGAUACUAGGAUCACCUCCCGCUUCCCAGUUCUUUGGAGGAAUACCAAACCCUGAUGAGGAAGUGAGGUUAUGGAACUUAUGUAGGUCUGAGUUGGAGUUGAAGAUGGUACUAUUGGAUAGGAGUUAUAUUUCAACAGCAUGUUCUGACUGGCUUAGAAACUGUGGUAAAGAGAUCAUGAACAUGGUCAACAAUAGGUACUUGAUUAAUGUCAUACAUAAUGGACAGGAUCUUGCAGUGGCUGAAAAGUUGAUACGUGAGACUAUGGACAGUAAACUGGUUUUGGAAGGGAGUCUCGAGUGGCUUAAGAGUGUUUUUGGUUCUGAAAUUGAGCUUCCGUGGAAAAGAACACAUGAGCUUGUAUUGGGUGGUGAGUCAGAUCUUUGGGAUGAAAUAUUUGAAGAAGCUUUUGUACAGAGGAUGAAAUCAAUUAUUGACAAAGGAUUUGAUGACCUGAGUAAAAUUGUAAACGUAAUUGGUUCGAUUCGGUCUAUUGUGGGAACUCCUGCAGAGCAGAUCAAUUUCCAAGCAUACUUGAAUAGGUCUCCGAGUAGUGGAGGGGUCUGGUUCAUGGGUCCCAAUGUCAAAAGGGUCAGCUCCCUCAUGGUGUCUAAACCACAGCAGGCAGAUGAAGAUGGUUUUCAUAACACUCUCAAUGCUUACUUUGGAUCUGAAGUCAGCCGAAUCAGAGAUGCAGUCGACAGCUGCUGUGAAGCUGUACUUAAAGACCUCUUGACCUUCCUCGAUUCGCCAAAUGCAUCCUUGAGGCUGAAGGAACUUGCACCAUAUUUACAGAGUAAAUGCUAUGAAAGCAUUUCAAUGAUAUUAAUAGAGAUCAAGAAUGAAUUAGAUGUACUGAAUACUAAUUUGGACAAUAAACACUCCAAAGAUGAGUUGGUGCCCCCACCUGCGGUACUCGUUGAGAGAUCUUUAUUUAUUGGGCGCCUAUUGUUUGCAUUCCAGAAACAUUGUAAGCAUAUACCUUUAGUACUUGGAUCACCAAGAUCAUGGGCGAAUGACUCUGCAGUUGCUGCCUCCUUUAAGUCAUUGACUGUGAUACGGAGUUCAAUUGCCGCUCUUGAGUCCACUACUACCAAUCCUGGAUCCAGAAGACAUAGCUCAUUGGCAAAUUCUGCUUUGUUUGGAGCAGAUGACAGUUCAAGCCCACAACUUCAAGCAUUAAAUAAAACAACACACGACCUUUACAUCAAGGCUCAUAACAUGUGGGCUUUGUGGGUUUCUAGUGAACUUGCCAUUAUCUUAUCACAUAAUCUCAACCAGGAUGAUGCGCUGUCCACAAGUGCUCCCUUAAAGGGGUGGGAGGACACUAUUGUAAAGCAAGACCAGUCAGAAAUUAAGAUAUCCCUUCCUUCGAUGCCCUCUCUUUAUAUAACCUCAUUGUUGUUCCACGCAUGUGAAGAAAUUCAAAGAGUUGGUGGACAUGUUCUCGAUAAACUAAUUCUGCAAAAUUUUGCAUCAUCACUGUUAGAUAAGAUAAUUGAUAUUUAUGGAGACUUCCUUUCAAUUGAAGAAGCCGGUGGAUCUCGAGUCUCUGAUAAAGGAUCUUUGCAAGUUCUGUUGGAUUUGAGAAUUGUUGCUGAUAUUCUCUCUGGUGGUGAUCUUCUUACAAAUAAGGAAUCAGUUGAAGUUCCAAAGCCAAAGUUGUCGUAUAGGCGCAAGCAAGAUCAUUUACACACUGACUCAUUGUAUUGCGAGCGCAUAAAUGCUUUGAUUAAUGGCUUUUCAAAAAAGUUGGAUCGUAUUGACUGGCUCACAUAUGAGCCAUACCUUUGGGAAAAUGAGAGACAGUCAUACUUAAGGCAUGCUGUCCUCUUUGGGUUUUUUGUGCAACUUAAUCGGAUGUACACUGACACUGUACAAAAACUAUCAACUAAUUCUGAAUCAAAUAUUAUGCGUUGUUCUGUGGUGCCACGAUUUAAGUAUCUCCCUAUCAGUGCUCCAGCCCUCUCUUCAAAGGCAACAAGCAAGCCUCGUAUAUCAACAUCACUGGAUCAUGUUUCGCCUAGAAGUUCCUGGAAAAGUUACUCAAAUGAUGAGCUAUCUCAAAAAGUAGAUGGAGAUGAAAAUUCAGGGCUGGGAAUGGCUGCACCACUUUUAAAGUCUUUUAUGCAGGUUGGCAGCAGAUUUGGAGAGAGCACAUUAAGGUUGGGAUCAAUUUUAACCGAUGGACAAGGCAGAUUUGGGGACAUAUUGCCUGCACAGGCUGCAGGGCUUCUCUCAUCAUUCACAGUGGCCAGAUCAGAUUCUUAAAGCGCAUUCCGCAAGCAGUAGUACUUCAUUGACCUGAUCUUCGGAACUCUUCAUCCGUCUGGAGUCUUCCCUUGGCAUUUGUGACUAGUGCGAACCCAUGAGCUUGUGUGUACUGUGUAGCUGCUCGGCGCUGCAAUUACCGGACUUUUAUAGAGAGCAACGUAGGGGAUCAAAACAAUUGUGGUAAUGGCUUAUAUUCCUUAUUUACUUUGUUGUUUGUGAAGAUACAGACAUUUCACUUAAAAGGGUAAAUACUCCAUAGGGAACCCAUUCAUAAGUACAACAGUGCCCCUUAUAAUUUGGGGCCGGAAGAGGGCAUAACUCAUAGCUUUUGCAUAAUUGAUAUUGGUGAUUAUUGGGUUUAGAGAAAAUACUUCCAUAGUCCACCAACUCUAUCCAGUUGCAUAUUCAGGAUUUUAGGUGAGGAGGGCAAGGGCAAGACUUGUUUUUGGG